UUAUAUGAAAUCAGUGUGGCACACGAUAACGUCGGCUACGUUUUAGGGGCUGUCAGCUAUUUUUAAUAAUUACACAUUAAUAGCAAGCGAACAUCGGCGGAGGUGUGACUUAUUGCGCGAUAUAUUUUUGAAGUUGAAUAUUUUUCGAGGAGUCAUAUAUAAGUCACUAACAAGGCAGGGUAGGGCUUUAAAAUGAAGCUCUCCCUAGUGUUUGAGCUUCUAUUGAUAUUUGUGUUACUUGCGUUUGCUGCGUCAAAGGAAAUAGGUAGACAUAAGACUAAUAACAAAGGUCUACGCAAUGGAAAUGACGACACAAAAAUCGAAGAUAAUAGUCUGAACAAGUAUUGUAAAUGUUCAGAAUCCUUAUGUAACUGCUGCAGAGAUUUUGCAGUACCAGUGGUUAACUUAAACGGUCCAGGAUGUGCUUCUUUGAUGUACCUCAAUGGGGAUAAGAUGUCGAUAUCACUCAGUUUUGGAAAUAAAAUUAUAACAAAUCGAACAGUUGCUAGUCGCAAGCCGAGUCCUGUUUGCAUGCCUCUGCCUGGAGGCAUUUCAAAGUUUUGUGGACGCGUUUACAAUAUAGCAAGAACAGGAGAAGAAUUCAGGGCUUGUCUUGGUUUAGAACUGCAAGCUAAAAAUGCCGUUGAAGCUGCCGUAAGGGUAUCAUGUUUCAAAUUUGGACAAAGAGGAGUUACCUCGGAACCUGCAGAUCCACUCCCUUUAGUACCUCAAGAUGAGAAAGAAACAGAGGAUGAGGAUGAUGAUGAUGACGAUGAUGAGGAAGAUGACUUCGGUCUUGGAGCCGAUGAUGAUGAUGAUGAUGUUGACGCCGACGACGAUGAUGAAGAUGAAGAAGGUGAUGAUGAUGAUGGGGAAUUAGAUGCUGCGAAUGAUGUCGAUAGUGAAGACUACACCGGUUUUAGUCUUUUAGGAGAAGACUUAUUAGGAGGACUAUUUGGAUCGACUGGAGGAAAUAACAAAAAGCCAAACAAAAAUAAGAAUAAACAGGCAGCGUUACCAUCACCAUCCACCACCACUCGACGUCCUAGACCUUCACGUCGCACAACAACGAGACGACCCAUUACUAGGGUUCCACAAAGGCCAGUAGGACGACCCACGACGAUUAGAGUACGCCCGGUUAAUCGUAUUCCGACGCGUAGACCUAUAAGACGGCCAACUACUUCAGCAGAAAAAAAUUCAGCAUCAAUUACUCCAGCAUCCUCUCCUGAGGUGUCUGUGAGCGCUGAAACACAACUAACUCAUUCGACAAAUUGGGAUAACACUCUAGAAACUUUAUCAAAUGUUGAAAAUAUUCAAUUACAUGAAACAACUGUAUCAAUGAACGAUAAACCAGAUGUAACAGAAUCAGCAACAACACUGAAAGGCUCAACAAGCUUCUCAGAUCCUGGAUUAGAAAUGUCACUUGCGCACAUAACUGGCCAACUGUCUGUUGUACCAGUAACGCAGAUAAUACCGAGUAAUAACAAAGGAGAUAGUAAGCUUAGUGAAGAACAAAUGACAUACGAAAAAGUUCAAACAAUAACACCAAGACCCCAUUCUACAAUACCCUUUGCAACGGAAGUAGAUGACGAUGUACAUGAAGAGACGGUUCAGAUAGUUCAUAAUCUUGAUUCACAAUCAGAAGAACAAACAUCUAAUAAGGACGCUGCUGUAGAUGAGAGUCGAGGGCAUAAUAUCAACGUGCAAAUAGAAUAUGAGGGUUUGAGUUUACCCAAAAAGAAGCAUAGAGGUGAUGGGGGUAUUGACUUAGAAGAUUUAGAUUUUGAUUUAGCGGAAAUAGGAGAAAGUGUUGGGCAUGAAUUGGGAUUAUUUGGGCGAAACAAAAGAAAUAAUAAAAAUAAUAAAAAUCAAAAUGGAAAGCCACAAAAACAUAAACGUAACAACAAUAAUAAAAAUAAUGAUUAUGACUACAUGGCUGCAAUAGACGAAAUCAAUGAAAGCUUGGAUUUACCUGAUGUGGAAAUGGAACGACGAAAAGGGCGUUCACGGCAAAAUAAAAUGAUGCGAGGCCAGUGGUUGUAGAAAGAGUCAAGACUUAUUUAUUUUAGUUAAAAAUUAGUUAACUUAUUUAUUUCAUAACUUAUUAUCACCUCUGUAAAUAGUAAUUUAUUCUGAAAUUGUAUAUUUUACUUAAUAAAAUUAUUAUAACGUA